AUAACAAAAAACCGCUCCUCUCCUCAGUUCAGCCACACUCGCAAUAACAAAAACAUUCAACUGCUCUGUUUAUCCCCAGUUCAAAAUGCGCCCCAAAUUGUACAUGAGCGAGAUAUGUCCCUCAACUAGAGCCGUCGUGUUGACAGCCAAGGUCCUCGAACUCACCCUCGAGCUGAAGGAGGUUUCUUGCGACAAAAAGUUGAAUCAACAAUUCUCCAUCCCUACGUUGGAGGACAGCGGCUACGUGAUUUGGGACAGCCAUGCUAUUAUUGCCUUCCUGGUCGGGAAGUACGGCAAAGACGACUCCUUGUACCCCAGAGACAACCCCAGGAGGGCCAUUAUAGACGAACGACUGCGGUUUGACUCGGGGGUCGUGUCUUUCUUCACCAAAACGAUUCUGAACUCGAUACCAUACGAAGAUAAUGAAAAAGCCGUCAAUGAAAUUUAUUCCUUGGUUGAGGAAUUCUUCGAUGGUAACAACCCAUGGAUCGCUGGGGAUGCUUUAAGCAUCGCAGACUUGAGUCUAAUCCCUUCGAUCACGUCUCUUGAUGUUGUGGUCCCCAUUGACCCUAAACGGUUCUCUAAGCUAGCAAGAUGGGUGAAGAGAGCCGAAACAAUGCCCUUUUUUGAGGCAAAUAAGACCGGGCUCUGUAAACUCCGAAGGAUUCUAAACCGGUGUUAACGCUAAUAAUAAUACAACUUUUAUUGUAACUUUAAGUGAUUAAUUGUGAUAUGAGGCUAUUAGUUUUAGAUAUGGAUUUUUUAUUUGAUGUAAUAUUAAUAAAUGAAGCGAUAAAAAGA